UCACAUAACACUAUCAGCCAAAACUACAUAUCAGAAGUUAGUCAGUGUCAGCCAGCUCAGGUGGUACACAGCUGUUCUUAAACACAUUAGUCUAGUCACCUGACAAACCGCAUCUUCAGUUCCCCUUCUGUCACCCAGCAGACAUGAAAACAUGUACUGUGUGGUGUCAAAUCCAAUUAUGCAUCUCUGCCUCAUGCCUAUAAAGCUGGAAUGUUUUUCUUGCGUUGUGAACCAAUCAGCAGUCGGACGGUCCAGAGCGCCUCUGCAGCGAUUGGUCAAACGUGAUCAGAAGGGUGGAGUUAGAUGCUUAGAAGGAGGGAUUUGCAUUAUUUAGGCCAGCCCCCGUCCCAAGUCAGCCAUAUCCCCUUUAAUUGUUUUAGCGUGCUAGAGAGACAGAGUUUAUUCUGGCAGGGAAGAGUGUGCAGCCUCACUCCUGUGAAGUACGAACUAGUGUGGAUGGAACACUACAUCUCUCUCUGUCCCUCCCUCGCAUGUCACCGUUCACCGGCUCCGACUUUAUUUUGUCCUCUGCACCUGGAGUGACUGACUGAGAGGAAAAGGAAGCAGCAGGUUCUUCAGCCUUGGAGGAAGAGAGCGAGGCUUCUGAAACUAGUACUGACAGCCUGGACAAGAUCCCCAGUAGACAGCCACCAUGUGUGACUGUUUUCACCUGGCGUUUCCCAACUGGCAAGCAUCAGCUGCGGGAGAAGGGCGCAGGCUGAAGGGACCAGAACAAGACACAGAUGAAGAUUUAGUAUGUGAGGAGCCUGAAGAUUUAGAGAGGGAAAGACCUCGUCCUCAGGGUUCCUCUCCUGUUGAGGAAUUCCCAACCACAGAGAAAUACGCAAAACAAGCUGAAGGUGACUUCUAUGACUCACCCGCCAAGAGUUCCAAAAAAAGCAAAAGGACUGGUCUCGGCUCACUGUUUGACAAGCGUUCCUCUGCAAAGAUGUAUCCAACAGAGGAUAUGCAAAGUGAUCAGUCAGAAAUCAUAGUGAAAACUGUGAAAGAAGUUUGUGCUGAGGGUUUGAUUGUAAGUGGAGGACGGGACGGCAUCUUCAUCAAGGAAGUAAAACCAGAGUCACCUGCCUCAAAGCAUUUAACUGUGAAAGAAGGAGAUCAAAUACUUAGUGCUACAGUAUAUUUUGAUAAUGUGUCAUAUGAAGAAGCCCUCCAGAUUCUUGAGCAUACUCAACCAUAUAAAGUGGCAUUCUGUCUAAAACGGAAACCACCUCCAAGAACCAAAGAAGAUGCUGAGACAAUGAGGCCAGAUACAACCAUUGGUGAGGAGGCUGAGCAAGAAGAAGAAGGAAGAGGACCAGAGAUGAGAGGUCGAAAAAAGACAAAAAAGCAACAUGAUCGCAUCUCUUGGCCCAAAUUUCCUACCUUCAGCAAAGGUCGGAAUUUUAAAAGAUCUCACAGCACAUCAGAAGCAGAGGAACAGAGAAAAUUAGAGAUAAGUCCACCAACAAGUGACACAGAUUCUCCACUUAAGUCUCCACUUAAGUCUCCACUAAAAUCCCCAGAUGGAAAAGACAAGAAAAAGACGCACAAAAUGAAACUUAAGAAGCAGAUGGUAGGCCGCAGGAGCAAAUCUGUUGAAGAAACCCAAGAAAACGAAGAGGCGCUUGCAGCAGAUGAUAUGGAGGGCUUGGAUAAUCAAAUAAUUAUGAAAAUAGUGGAAGAGAAAGUGCCAGUGACUAAUGCGAUAGAGAGUCCUAAAAUACAGAUUGAAGCUGACUCAGCUAAAACAAUAAAUGAAAAUACAUUCACGACUUUACCAGCAACUGAAUCACUGCAUAAGUUUGAGCUCAUCAGUGUGGAUACCACAUUAAAGACUACUGAUAUUACAGUCUCUCUGGGAGAUGAUGGAAAAGAAAGGGUUAGCAUUCCAGGAAAGGAUACAUAUGAAAUAAAAACAGAGAGCCAAUUAAAAUCCUCCACAAGUGGAAUGAAAACUUUGGACCCAUCAACAUUCGACAAUAUUUUGGACAGUCCAAAUGUAAUACCAAAAACUGAACCAGCAGGACAUCAAGUUGAUUCUGAUAGCAAACCAAGCGAUAAAGAGAUUUCACAAAAAACUCAAGAGUCAGGAAAAGCAGUUGUGACCAUACCUAAAGUUGAUGUUUCUCUUGACAUGCCAGAGGUAGGACUGAUAAGCAAAUCACCAAGAAUUGGUAGCGAAAAGGAAAAGAAAGAAAGAAACAUUCUAGAAACAGAAAGUUAUGGAAUUCGAACUAGAGGACCACUGGCAGACAUAGCCACAUCAAAGAGCCAUUUUUCAAAUGCAGUAAACAGAAUAGACUUUACAUCAGACACUUUCACCUUUGAGAUUCAAAAAAGUGAGGGUGUGUCCUCAAGAGACACAAAGAAACCAAUCACACCAACACCUGUUAUAUCCCAGCCAAAAUCACAUGCUCUGGAUGUGGAAAGAAGCAGGAGUACUGGAGGUAGCACUGACAUUGAAUCAACUUUUAAACUGCCUAAACUAGAUGCCCCUGAAUUCGACCAUCAAGAAUCAAUAACUGCAAAACAGAGAAAACCAACCAAAGUACCUCUCCUGAAACGAGAGGAAAUUGAGAUUCCUGGCAUGGAGGACAAAGGAUCAAAAGCCAAGGUUAAAUCUCCUAGAAUUAAAGAACAAAAAGUUGAGAAGAUAAUAAAUAUUUCAAAAGCUGAAAAAAAGAAAUCUCGGGGGGAAGCAGAAGAGUUUAAUGUUGAGGAUGUAAAAGAAGCAGUAUCAAAAUUCCCUGCCUUCAAAUUACCUGAGAGAGACAUCACUGGAGUCCUUGUACAGAGAGAGAUCACAUUUAUGGAAAUGAAGACGGAUAAGACUGGGAUGACACCUAAAGGAUCCCCUUGCAAAAUUUCAAGCAUGAGCACAGAAAUAAACAUUAAGUUCCCUGACACAAUGGAUAAAGAAAGGCAAAGACUUUCUCCUGCUGCUACGAAAGAUCAAGCUUUUGUAUUACCAAAUAUUGAACAAUUUCAUCUUGAUGAAAUGGUUAUAACUGAGAGCAAAACAGACCAAUCAAAAAUUAAACUUGAGGACCACCAACCCAAACUUGGCAAAAAGUCAGUGAGGGGUGAUAAGAUAAGUACACCUCCAGAUGUAAAAUUCAAACUUCCAAAGCGUGAAGACAUUGAAAUACCAGGAAUGGAAGCCAUUGAACAAUCAGUUCUACCACAAAAAAUCAUAAUAACUAAAGAUACAGACACUCAAGAUAAGGCUGUGAAAGACUAUACUGAUACUGAUAUCAAAGCUGACAAAAAUGUGCAUGAAAAGAAAUCAAGGAAAUCAAAGGUAUCAAUGCCAAGUUUUGGAAUAAUGACACCUGACAUUCGCUUCCCAGGUAUUGCGAUUGAAUUACCAAUAAAGGCCACAUCAUCUAAAAGUGAUGGAAAAAUAACUCUUGAAGAAGACAUCAAAAGAUCUUCUGAAGAAGCAACAUUUGAUGAAACUAAAAAAGCACAUGAUAUAGAGGGUAAGAAAAUGCUCCAUCAUGACGUUUGCUCUGCAUUUGUUAAGGAAACCUCAGAACAAAAUGUUGAAGUGGAACUGAAGGCAGAAAUCAAAAGCAAAGACACAGAUUCCUCACCACAAAAAAAGAAACUGCCUAAAUUUAAAAUGCCCAAAAUUGGAAUGAAAUCUAUGAAAGGAACAGCUGAAGUCACUACAAAAGAUGAUGUUACAGUGCAAGAAAGUGACAUAACAGAAGUUGUAUUAGAUUCGGAGAAGAAAACAUCUGAGACUGAUCCAGAAACAGACAAAAAUUGGAGUAAAUUAAAAAUGCCAAGCAUAGGUGUUUCUGUUCCAAAAAUAAAAAUCCCUAAGGCAGAUGGAAAAUCAAAGCAGGAGGAAACAGUGCUCUCAAAGCCUCAGGCUGUUGAAGCUGUUGAGGAUGAUCAAGAGGAAAGUGGAUUGAGACUGAUAAAGUUUGGUAUUUCAAUGACAAAAGAGAAGAAAGAAGAAGGUAGUACGUUACCAGAUGAUUUUGAAAAAACCAGCAAGGUUAGCAGAAAAAGUGAAGUGGAGCUACCUGAACUCCCACAAGCUGAAAUAAAAGAAGCAGAGUCUAAAAUGAAGAAACGGAAAAUAUCCUUUCCCAAAUUUGGAUUCUCUAAAUCAGAUACUAAAGUAGCUGAUGCUGACAUAACUCUACCAGCCACACAGGGCUCUUUACAUGAUACUGGUGGGACAGAAAUAGAAGUUGAAAGUAAGACCACAGAUAUAGAGGCUGAGUUCAAGGAUUCAACUGAUUCUCCCACAAAAUUUAAACUUCCCACAAUUAAUCUUCCCAAAUUUGGAGUCUCAUUUCCCAAGCCAACUGAUGUUGAGGUCGAUAUUCAAAUGCCUGAUGUCAGAACAGAGGAGACUACCAUGGAUGUUAAAUUGCCAGAAGCUAAACUAUCUGUAGAAUCAGCAGCACUCUCUGACAAGAAAGGCCCGGAAAUGACUCUCAGUGUAUCCAAACCUGAAGUUGACUUGUCUCUGCCUGAGGCUAAGAUAGAAAUGAAAGGUUUUCAGAAAAAAGAAAUAAAAUCAUCUGAAGAAAUUCAAUUUUCCAAACCAGAUAUUGAUGCAAGUCUGACUGACCAUGACGCUGGAGAGAUUACAGCCAGUGCGUUUUCAAAACAAGACAUCAAAGCUGCAUCUGUUGAUGUCAGUCUUCCACAGGUUGAUUUAUCAAUUCUGGAAGGUUCUGUAGAAACAAGAGAGCCUGGUGUGAAUUUCACAAUUUCAAAGGAUGAGGCUGACCAGGAAGAUCAAACAAGUAGUGGUACACCAGUAAAGUUUAAACUUCCCUCUCUCAGCCUACCAAAGUUUGGUGGAAAAUCAUCUAAGGUAGUAAAAGACAUGCCAGUUGUAGAUAUAGAUAUUGAAGAACCUGAUCUAAGCCUUCCAGAAAAACAAAUAAGCCUGAAACUCAAAGAUGAUGCAACAUCAGGUGAUGUCAAGGAUUUAUUUGAAACUAAAGAAGGUCAGUUUGUUAGUGUAGAUGUUAAGGUAAAAGAACCAAAGGUCAAAGAACAAGAGGUUACCGUUACACUGCCUAAAUUUGACAUUAACCUUCCAAAGGUUGAAGCCCACAAGUCGGCUGAUAGUAUGAACAAAGAAGAAUCAAUUAUAGACCCCAAAGAAUCAAAUGCGGAGUCUGUCCAGGUUGAGAAAGAUCCAAGAUCUCCAACCAAAUUUAAACUUCCUACAAUUAAAUUCCCCAAAUUUGGGGUCUCAUUUCCAAAAUCAGUAGAUGCAAUCUCUGACAGUCAAAUGCCUGGAGUCACCAAAGAUGAGCCUACAAUGGAAAUUAAUGUCCCAGAAACUGAAUUAUCUGCAGAACUGCCAACAUUACCUGAAAUGAAAACCCAACAUAUUGUUCUCAGUGUUUACAAACCUGAAGUUGAUGUAUCUACCCAAGAGGUAGACAAGGCCGUUGAUGCACACACUGAAAAAGUAUUGUCUCCAGUUCAUGCAUUUUCUAAACCAGAGGUUAAGAUAAGCCUUGUAGGCCAUGGUCUUGAUCAAGAGACAGCUAUAGAAGAUUUGAAAGUGCAAGCCAAGACACCUGAGGUGGAAGUCAAACUUCCUUCAGGUUCACUAGAUGAAGUCAUCCUGGAGACUAAAGAAAUUGAGAGUGAAUUCAAACUUAAGAAACGUAAAAUGUAUUUUCCAAAAUUUGGCUUUUCCAAAUCUGACACUAAGAUACCUGAUGCUGACACCAGUCUUCAAAAAGAAGGAAUAUCUGUGCUUGACACUGAGAUCAAAGAGACUGAAGUGACACUUCCUGCUCCAGAGGUUGAAGUCCAGUUAAAAAACAAAAGUACUUCUGGUUCUCCAUCUAAAUUCAAGCUUCCAGCUAUUUCUCUCCCUAAAUUUGAUACUUCCAUUUCAAAGACUGGGGAAGAAUCUACUACAAAAGCUGAGGAUGAUGCACAGUCUGAAAUAAAGGCAGCAUCAGUAGUUGUAUCACAAGAUAAAGAUUCAGGAAUGCAAGAUAAAGAACCAUCUAAAUCAGCUUUCGAAACCUUACCAGUGGAUGCUGAAAUAAAACCCAAAGACACUGAUCCUGGUAGUCAAGGGGGUAGAUUUAUGAUGCCUAAAUUUGAAUUUUCAUUUCCAAAGCUAAAGGGACCAGAAUUUAAAAAGGGUGCAUCAAAAACAGAUGUGGAAAAACCAAAGGUUUCACUAAAAUAUGACAAGGAGAGCGCUGAGGGAACAGCAAACAAACCAGGGGCAUCUGUGGAAAUGGAGGUAAUGACGAAAAUGCCAAGCUCAGAAUAUGAAUUUUCUGAACAAGACAUUAAAGCACCAGAGAUUAAGGUUGAGAGGGGAGAUUUAUCUAUGGAAGUUGGUGAAAUGGAUUUGAAUCUUAAGUCUGACUUGAAAAUUCAAACAGAGAUGUUAAAAGAUGAUUCAACCACAAGAGGGUCACAGUUCAAGUUCAAACUUCCUACUUUCAAACUACCCAAAUUUGGAAGUUCAUCUGCCAAAGUAAAAGCUGAAAUAAUGGAUUUAAGGGGUGAGGGAAUUACUUUGGAGACUGAAGAUGAAUCCACAUCAGUAGAACCAUCAGACAUAAAAAAUGACUAUAGUGUCCCUGGUCAAGAGUUGAAGAAACCCUCAAUCAGUGUUGAUCAGCCAAAGGUAGAUAGUGGAGAUCAUUACACCCUGUCACUUACAGAGGCCAAAACAUCAAAGGCAGAAGGCUAUAUUUCCUUACCAGAGGUAAAACAUGGGGAACCAGCAGCUAAAACAGAAGUAUCACAAGCCGAACUAGAAAGUAAAUUUGAUCAAGAGGUUGAUUUAAAAGACCCAAGUCUGAAAAUAAGUAGACCAGGAUUUUCACUUCCAAAAUUUGGAUUAUCUAAACCAGAUAUUAAGGCCCCAGAGAUUGAUGUCAGACUUGCACAAGUUGAUACCUGUAAAUCAGAAGGUGAUGUGAAUAUAAAAGAACAAAUCAUGAAUAUCUCCGCAUCAAAUGUUGAGGAUGAUCAAAAAGAAACAACAACACUUGGUGCCACAACAAAAUUUCAACUCCCCUCAAUCAAUAUCCCAAUGAUUGGAGGACAAGCUUCAAUGGAAGAGAAAUCUAUGCCAGUUUUAGAUAUAGCUACUAAAGGAACUGAAGUGAGUGGUCCAGAUACACAAAUUAAAAUAUCAGGUGAAGCCCCAUCAGUAGAUAUAAAGGGACCUCAUCUAGCCACAGAGGGUCAAACUGUAAGUGUGGACUUGAAUGUUGAGGAUACUGAACUUGGAGUACAGGGGGGAAAGUUUAAGAUGCCAAAGUUCGGUAUUGGCCUUCCUAGAGUAAAAGGGAUUGAUUUAAGUACAUCAAAUUUAGAUUAUACAACUGAAGUACAACAAAUUGAUGUAAUAAAACCUGAGAUAACAACUGAUGGGAUGGUUCGCCUAACAGAACAAGAUUCUAAAGGUCUAGAUAUGCAGAUGAAGACUACAACUGAAUUUGAAGUUUUAAAACCAAAUUUAAAAGCCCCUGAAGUUGAUGUAAGUUUUCAAGAAACUGAUAUCUCCAUACCCGAAGGCACUAUGGACCUAGAAGAAGCAAAUGUGGAUAUUAAAGUGUCAAAGAUGGAGUCUGACCAAAAAGGUUCAACAAUUUUUGGAUCCCCAACAAAGUUUAAACUCCCGUCUUUAAGCUUCCCGAAAUUUGGUGUUAAAUCAUCAAAAGUAGCAUUAGAUAUUAAUGUGACAAAUACAGAAUUAGAAGGAACAACCAUAAAAACUGACAUUUCUAAACCUGAUAUGAAAUUAGAAAUACAGCUUCCCAAAGCUGAAACUGAAGUUGAAGGGAGUGCAGACAUGCCUGAAGUUGACUCCAAAGGACUCCAAGUAAAAGUGAAAAGACGAAGCUUUUCAUUUCCCAAGUUUGGGUUUUCUAAACCAGACACUUCAACUCCAGAGGUUAAUGUCAGUGCACCAAAGGCUGAAUUGUCCAUACAAGAGGUCAAUGUACCUGUAAAAGUACAAACAGCAGAAGUUACACUUUCUGGAGGAGAGGCUGAACAAAAAGAUCUAACAAUUGUUAGUUCCCCAACCAAAUUUAAACUACCAGAAAUGCACUUACCAAAAUUUGGAGUCAAAACUUCAAAAUGUACAGUAGGUUUACCAUCAGCAGAUAAGGACAUUAAAGGAAUUGGAAUCACUGCUCAUGAACCAGACAUCAAGGUGUCAGGUCAAAUACCAAAAAUUGACUUAGAUGUCAAAGAAGUAGAGACAGAAAUACAUGCCAGAAUUACAGAAACUGAUGUUCAUCUAGCAGAAGGAAAAAUAAUACUACCCCAACCUGUUGACAUUCAAGACAUAUCCAUUGAAGGCAAAGCAGAUAUGGGUGAAGUUGACUUGAAAGAGCUUGAUGUGAAAUUGAAGAAGCCAAGCUUUACACUUCCAAAAUUUGGUUUUUCAAAGCCAGAUAUUAAAGAGCAAGAUGUGGAUGUCAGUCAGCCAAAGGUAGAUAUGUCUAUGCAACAGGGCAACAUACCUAUUAAAGACCUAGAUGCAGAAAUUGCCAUAACAGAUGAAGUGAAACCUGAAAUUAGUCUCCCAGAAAAAGUUGAGUUACAAACCACUGACACAGAAACAAACAGAGACAUUAAAGGGGCAUUGGUUGAUGUCGACAUUAAGGUUAAAGAAAUUGAUGUUGAUGGGAUGGGAAGUAAGUUCAAGCUGCCAAAAUUUGGAAUUGGCAUGCCAAAAGUAAAGGGGGUAGAGAUCGAAGGAAAAGAAAUACACUUAGAGACUGACCUUGUAUGCAAAGAAAAGGUAAAUGUACAACAGCCCAGUGUUGAAAUUCAAAAUGUGUCCAUUGAGGGGAAAACAGAUCAAGUUGAAGUUGACUCCAAGGGGCUGAAAGUGAAACUCCCCAAAUCAAGAUUUUCAAAACCAGAUCUUAAAGCUCCUGAAAUCGAUGUGAGUCUACCCAAAGCUGACAUGGGCACAUCAGUGGUAAAUGUUGAUGUUUCAGAGCAAUCUACAGACAUUAAAUUAUCAGAAAAAGAACCUGAUUUGAAGGAGGAAACUUUUGGCUCUCCAACAAGAUUUAAAUUUCCAACAAUCAAUUUCCCAAAAUUUGGAACCAAAGCAUCAAAGGACAGAGUUGAUAUACCUACAGCAAACAUUGACAUCAAUGUUCCUGAAGUAAGCCUUCCUGAUCAGAAGUUUGACACUUCAGGAGAAGUAUUAAGUGUUGAAAUGAAAGGACCAACAGUUGAAAGUCCGUCCAUUGACAUAAACAUUAAGGGAGAUAAUAAAGAUCCACAAGAGGGAAAAUUUAAGCUUCCAAAAUUUGGAAUUGCUCUUCCAACAAUUAAAGGUUCCGAUGGUGACCAAGGAUUUAAGAAAGCUCUGACCGAAACAGAAGUGAAAAUGUCAGGGGAUAUACUAUCUAUAGAUAAGAAAGAGCUAAAGUUACCCAAAGGAUCAGUGGAAGUGGAUGUGGAGACUAAAGGUGCUGAACUUGAAGUAGAAGAAAGUAAAAUUAAACUACCACAGAUUGGAAUUUCUCUACCAGCAUCGAAAUGUCCAGAAAUUGACAUAAGUGUUUCAAAAGCAGAGGUUUCUCAAAUUGAUGUUAAAGAAUCUGUUACAGUAAAAGAUGUUGUGGUUGAGGAACCUGCAGAUUUAACAGAUAUAAGUUCUAGGGGACUUAGUAUAAAAAUGAAGAAAACAAGCUUUGGAUUUCCAAAAAUUGGAUUUUCAAAAUCAGAUGGCAAGGCCCAAGAUAUUCAAGCCAGUGAAAUGGCAGCAGAUACAUCCUUGCCAGAGGGCACUAGAGAAAUAGGAGAAAGUGAGACAGAGGGCAAAACUGAAAUAACAAGUCCACAAUUUGGCUCUCCAACAAAAUACAAACUCCCAACAAUAAAGUUACCCAAAUUUGGAGUUUCCACUCCAAAGGUCCCUAGUGAUGCAGCAAAGGGUGAUUCUAAAACCAAGGAAAUUAAUGUUAGUUCUGUAGAUUAUGAGAUAGAGACAUCAAAGGUUGAUGUAUCGUGUGACAUCAAAGGCAAAACUGCAGAGAUUGAAACCCCGUCUAUUGAUAUUAAUAUAAAAGAAAAAGAACUUAAUCAAGAAGGACAGGAAAUUCAAUUUAAACUUCCCAAAUUUGGGAUUUCGUUACCCAAAGUAAAAGGUCCUGAGGUGACUUUGACUGCAAAAGAUGUAAAGACAGAAACACCUGAAAUUGGGAUCCCUGCACCAGAAAUAAAGGUCGCAGCAGAAGAUGCAAGUCUCCCAAAAGCAGAUAUGGCUUUAGAGGGAAGUUCCAGCCUUGGAAAAAAAGAGGUAGAGAUAGAGUUGAAAGAUGAUGCAGUUGUUUCAGGUUCUCCGAGUAAAUUCAAAUUGCCUACUUUUAAAAUGCCAAAAUUUGGAACUUCGGCUCAAAAAACAUCUGAUGCAAAAGUGAAAGUUUCAGAAGUAGAUGUACCAGACACUGACCUAAAUACUGAAGACAAGCCUGUACAAGUGUCUAAAGAAACAAAAAGAGAGGGUGAAAUUAAAGAAACCACUGAACAGCCUACAGAGGCUACUACUAAAAAACUGGAUGGGGACAAAAGUUCCCCAAGUAAAUUCAAGCUUCCUACUAUAAAAAUGCCAAAGAUCAGCAUUUCAAGAACAAAAUCUCAGGAAGGAGAAGAUGACACUACCACCAAAGUGAGUGCUCCAGAUGCUAAAAUAGAACCCAAAGAUGAUACUCAAGGGGCUGGAAAAUCACCUAAAUUUACAAUGCCUACACUUGAGGAUGUUCUCAGGGGCUUUGAAGUUGAAUUUAAUGUUCCAACAAUAGAGGAAACGGAAGCACAAAAAGACAAACCAUCUGUUAAGCAGGAUCAGGAGUAUGGGGCAAAAGUUGAGGAAGCAGCAAAACAUAAGGACAAAGGAACUCCGGAGAAAUCAAAGUAUAAAUUUAAAUUUCCAAAAUUAGGAUUCAGCCAGUCUUCAGAUGAAAGUGAUAAGCUGGUUGACGCUAAGAUUGAAGAAAGUGAAGUUAAUCUGGAGGCUUCAGCAGAGCAGAAAGCAACUGUCAGCAAAGAACAAGCAAAAACUGAGAAAGGGAGCUGGUUCAAGUUCUCAUUUUCUUCUCCAACAAAAACGUCAAAAACAGUUGAGAAAGAAAUAAUCCAACCGCCUGAAGAGGUUGAGAAGCUUGAGGAUGUUGUGAAAGAAUCAAGCAAAGAACACGAGGAACCUGAGAAGAACUCGCUCAGUGAGGCUGUGGAGGACAACCUCAGCCCGACACUGUCACUGAAGUCAUCUGAAGCUUUUGCAGAUAUCAGUUCUGCAGUAACCACUGAGCAGAUUGGUCUGUCACAGUCCUCACCUACAAAAGUUAAAGUGAAAUAUGCUGAACCCACUGCCACCAUUGGGCUCAAUGAUUUACAAAGCGAUGUUGUUACUUCCACAGCCAGAUGUGAACUGAUAUCAAUGGAGCCUCACCAGCCAGAGAAAGUCAACAUCCCUUUCUCAUCGGAUAUGUCCUCAGCCUCAUUGGACACUCUGAAACAGAUGUCAGGGGAAAUUCACGUCAUCACAUCGAACAUACAAGCUAUACCAGAAACACAGCAAGCCUCAAUCUUUACUAAUUUAGACGUGCAUGAAAUUUACACCUCGCCUUUACAAGUAACACUAGGCUCAGACUCAGUGUUGACAGUGGAAGAAACCAGAGUGCAAAGUGGGACGCACACAUUGGUGGAAAGGCAUGUGGUGAAAGAAACUUUACAUGAUGACAAAGAGAAAAUACUUGUGACACAGAGAACACGUGUAUUUGAAGGAGAUUCUGCAGAACCCAUUUCUGAUGAGACGGCUUCCUCAAUUCGUAGACUAAAAGAUACGGUACACAUUGAGAAAAUGAGGUUUUUUGACAGUGAAGAAGUCAUGGUAGUGAGCUCUGAAACAUCUCUAAGACAUAUGGAUUCCUCUACUGAUGAGAAUGGGAAAUGAACAUGAGAUCUUGGUGGUUAGAUUUUAUGCUUUUGAAUGUAUGUUUCAGUGCUCUCUUAAAUAAUCAUAUAAGCCAGCUGCAUUGUAAUGCUGUUAAGCAAAAGAGCGCUGAUACUUAUCACAAAGUAUUGUUUAGCUAACAGAGAUUUUAAGCUUAAAAGACUUUUAAAAUAUCUAUACCCACUGGAAAAAAAAUAUGUAUGUAAACGGAAUAAUAGUUGUGUGGGUUGUCAGUGUGCUUUAUUGUAAAAAUGAUAUCUUGGGAAUAUUGUUUAUAGUACAAACUUGGUAAUCAAGCAAACACCAUUAAACAGAUAUAUUCACAAAUAAAAUUAAUUAUAAAAUUGAUGUGGCUAUUAAAGACUGUUGACUGUAUCACAUUUUGAGGCACGUUUCUUUAAGGUUAUUUAUUUUGUGGAAAAUAUAUAAUCGCCUAUAAAAUCUGUUCCUGCAGCCUUGAGAAAAAAAUAGAAAAUAUUAUGUAAAUAUGUUUUAAUCACCCAAAAGCAUUUGCACCUAUGGUAUGAUGGAAUCAAUGGAUUGCAAGACACACAAUGCAUAUUUUAAAAUACAAAUAAUUUUCUUCUUUUCUUUUAACAUAUAUAGUCAAAGUAAUCAAAUUAAUGUUAAGAGAAACACUUUAUCUGGUUGCUGCACAAUAAAUAAAA